AGGACGUAACAAUACCUCCAGGUGGUCAGAUCCCGACGCCUAUGGACUGCAGCAAUGUUAGAAAGAGACAAGCGAGAUGGCACCUGGAAACGUUUCCCGAACCUCAUCUCUCCCUCCCGCACUCCCGAAAUCUCUCUCUCUCUCUCCGGUGCCCACUCACCAAAACCCCGCUUCUCUUCUACCCGAUUUGAUUCCAGUUCGAGUCGGCCGGCGAAGCGACGAGCCAAAUUCAGACGACAUCGCGGCCCUAGACUUGAACACCAGUGGCGGUCAAGAACAAGGCAGUACGGCUGUGGAAGCCAAGCCCGCGUCAGAUCCCGGAGGAAGUGAGAAAGGGGGAGGAGAAUUCAUGGUGGAAACCCUAGAACAAAGCCGAGAAGGAUUUCUUGAUACCGGUGACGGUGAUUCAGCUCGGAAGCCAGAAACGGAUGUCGGAGAGGAAGGAGGUGUGGCGGGGUCUGAGGAAGUAUCGGGCACCGUUGCUCCUGAAGGGGCUGAGGUUGGGGAGAGUAGCAGCGGGACCGGGAUUGAGCUUUUCGAGGAAAAGCUUGCAGCUUUUGGAGAAAAGGGGCAACGUGAUAUGGCUAACAAAGUGACAGAGCGUGAUCUGGUGCACGGGUGCUUUCAAGCUACGGAGGUCGGCAGUCUUGGCUCCAGAGGGCAGGAGACGGGAGAUGGGUGCAGUCGAGAUCAAGAAUUGAGAGCAGAUGUGCUGGAGACUGGGAACAUGGUGGGAAUUGCUGUGGAAGAGGCCAAAGAUGAACGCUUGGAGAGUAUGGCAGAUCUGGGAGGAAGCCAUGAGGUGGUUGUGAAGAUUAGAAAUGGAACCGAACCCAUGGAGGAAGAUGCAUCCUUUCCAGAGAAGAAAUCUAGUGCAAUGAGUGAUCAGAGGAGCAGCCAUUUGGUUGAUGGGCAGUCUCAACUUAUUGAAAGCAAUGCUGGUCCAAGUGAGUUGGUGGCAAGAGAUGAAUUGGGUGGUAAGCAGAAGCUGAAGUUAAAUGUCAAAGAGGCAGAAAGUAUGAUGUGGGCCGCAAAAGCAGCAACUAGAGGUACAGUUGGAGCAGUCGAAGUUGAUGGCUUGGAGGGUGAAGCAGCUAAUGAUGGAGGGAAAGUUGAUGUCUUGGAGACGGGGAGUAAAACCGAACCCCUGGUAGAAGAUGAAGCUUUCCUAGAGAAGGAGCAGAGCACAGCAAUUGAUGUAAUGGUUCAUGAUAUGGUGGAUGAGCAACUUCAAUCUAAAGAGGGCGUUCUAGAUCCGAAGGGUUUGGACAUGGAAGCUGGAUUGGGUAGUGAAUGGAAAUCUGAAAUUAAUGUGGUGGAUGGAGAAUGUGUGGUGGAGUGCGGGAAAGGAAAUGAACUUGUGAAGGAACAAAUCACAAACCAGAACUCGGAUUGUGAAGUCAGGGACCAAGAUUUGGUUGAUGAACACCUGCAAGCUGCUGAGGAAGAUGUGGGUUCUGUAGCAUUAGAAGCAGAAAAUGAAUUGGGUGGUCAGGAGAUGCUGGAAGCUAAUGGUGGUGAUGCAGGAUUUGGAGUGGGGACUGUCAAAACUCUAGCCAGGGUGGAAGCUGAUAGCUUGGCAGGUGUAGCUGAUAUGGGACAAAUGCAUGUUGGGGUUGCAGAGGUCGGCAAUGGAACUGAACUCACUGAGGAAGGUGUAUCCUGUCUGCAGAAGGAUGAGAGCAUGGCUGGUAAGGUAACGGACCUUCCAAGAGCACAAGGAGCUCUUGGUCCCAAAAUGUUGAAGACAAAAGAUUUUUUGGAUGGUGAUCAGAAGCUGAAAGCUGAUGUACUGGAGGUAGAAUGUCUGAUGGGGGCAGCAAAAACUCAGGUGGCUGUUGAUCUUGGAGGGGAGGAAGCUCAGAAAUUGAGGACUAUAUCAGAGUUGGGACAAGUGCAGCACAAGGUUCCAGGGACUAGUGGAACUGGGCUCACCAGGGAAGGUGUGUCUUGUCCGCAGAAGAACUGGAGCUUGGUGACUGAGAAGGGAGGUCGUGGUUUGGCUGAUGCAAGUCUUCAAGCUUCAGAGGGAGACAGCAGUCAGAACCAAUUUGUAAUCAUGGAGAAUACUGCUGGAACAAAAGACAUGGAUGAGGGGUUUGAAGGGUCUUUGAUGAGCAGUGAUCAGGACAGAAUUCAUGAAGCUUCUGUUUCGCAGACAUCUUUUGUGGAUACAAAUCAGAAUGACCAGGAAAGAGGCAAUGAUGUAAAAUACCCAAACCUGGCUGAUCCAGGUGUAGAGGUAAACAGUCCAGAUUCUAAUCAUGCUCAUGAUGACACAGUGGGCAGUGGACAUCUUUUGACAGCAGAAUCAAAAGCAGGCUUGGUUAACAGUGUUGUCCAUGCAGCAGCACUGAGUGCAGACAAGCAUCCUACCGAUGAGAUUGCAAGGGACAGAGAUAUUAUUACAGCAGAUGGGGGUUCAGUUUUGGAUGUCACAUUUAUGGAAUCAGAAAGCAGAGGAACCCAGCUGGUUGAUGAGGAUACCGGUGAUAGAAAAGAUAUUACUAUGGAUAAUUCAGUCUCAGAUCUAGAAUCACAGUUUGCACAGAUGGGUCCACUUGGUUUACAGACUGCAGAGACAUGUCCAGUGGGUGAAAAGUUAACGGACAGAAAAGACUCUGUUCUGAAAGAUUCAAACUUGGCAGUCACUACUGGUUUGCCAAUGGCUUCAGAGCUAUCUGAAAUUCAGACCAUUGUAUCUCAGCAAAAGGAAAUAGUUGAAUGUAUUCCUAGCAGGAAUCAAGAGACACAACCUCAGUCCAUUGGUUUGUUGGUUGGCAGGAGUGAUGCAAUUGUUCAUGAAGCACAAUCUUCACCAGGUUUAUGUCAAAAUAUGGACAUGGAAUCCAGGAUUCGCAAGGAUGGAACUUCUCUGCCUGAGGCAUGUCAUGGAAAAGGAGACUUGGCUCGAGACUCAGAAGCUGAUAAGAAGACCUCUAUGCUGGUUGACAGUGUGGCAAAUAUUGUUACUGGUCCAGAUGGUACUGCUGAGCAAAAUAUGCAAGUUGAUGAACAAGAACAUCCGAAAAUAGCUUGCAAGGAAAUUGUGAAACAUGUUGGAAUAAGGCCUGGAGUUUGCAGUACUGAAAAUGAUCAGCAUGCUAUUUACUUCCUGCCUCUUCAAGACAAGGAUACUUUCUCCAUUUCUGAUUUGGUCUGGGGUAAAGUAAAGAGCCAUCCUUGGUGGCCUGGCCAAAUUUUUUAUCCUUCAGAUGCAUCAGACUUGGCAGUGAAAUAUCAGAAAAAGGACAACUUCCUUGUAGCAUAUUUUGGAGACAAAACUUUUGCCUGGUGUGAAGAACCUCAGCUGAAGCCUUUUGAGACAUAUUUCUCACAGAUGGAAAAGCAAACCAGUUCAGAUGCAUUUGUAAAUGCUGUCAAUGAUGCGCUGGGUGAAGUCUCUAGGCGGACAGAAUUGGGAAUGACCUGUUUCUGUUUGCCUGAAGGAGCUUAUGCUAACAUUAAGUGUCAGAUGGUGGAGAAUGCUGGUAUACGAGAAGGGGUUAGUGGCUUUGCUUUUGACAGGUCUCCGGUUGUUGAUUAUUUUCAGGCUGACAGACUUCUUGAGUAUAUUGAAGCCUUGGCUCAAUUACCAAGUGGAGGUGCUAACAGACUUGAGCUUGUGAUAGCUCAGGCUCAGCUGAAGGCCUUUUAUCAAUCAAAGGGGUAUCCUGAACUUCCUGUAUUCCAAGUUGGUGGAGGAUUGAUGGAGAAGAAUGCUGAGGUCUCACCUUCUGAUGGUAAAUUAGUUGGGGAAGAUACCAUGGAGCACUUUACUCCUACUCCCAUGGAACUAAAUCUUGGGAAGCGCAAAAGAGGCAGAGGAAGGCCCUCCAAUAAAGAAAAACGUAUGUUGGAGGAUGCUAAAAAACAGAAGAAUUUAUCUGAGUUGAUGGAAGAAAGCAUUGUCUCUCUUGCAAAUGGUGGCAAACUUGGAUUUGCAGAAAAAGUUGAUGGUGAUUUGAUUUCACUUUCUUCUGAAAAGAAACGCAAUGUCAUUGAUUUUGAUUCUGAUUACUCCGAGAAAACUAAGAAAAAACGACUUGAUUCUUUAGGAGAUUUGUUUACCAAGUCACCAUCUUCUACUCCUGCCAGUUCUUUCAAGGUUGGAGAAUGCAUCCGUCGAGUUGCAAGCCAACUGACUGGGUCUCCACCCAUCCUUAGGUGCCAUGGUGAAACAUUUCAGAAGAGUGUUUCCAAGGCUGAGCAUAGAAGAUUUGAUGUUGAUACUGAGGCUUCUACUCACACUGCCAUGGACAACCCAAGAAUGAAGGUAGUCAUAUCAGAUGACUGUUCCUCCCUGGAUGAAAUGCUGUGGCAGCUGUGCUUAGCUGCAAGGGAUCCUAUGAAGGGAUACAGUUUUCUGUCCAUGAUAGUCAGUUUCUUCACUGAUUUCAGAAAUUUUUGUGUUUCAAGUUCUUCUAUGGAAAAGAAGCAUGCUCAGAAAAUUAGAGGUAGAAGGGGUAGAAAAAGAACCGUCAGCACUCAGUCACCCUCUUGUGCUAUGUCGACACCUGAUCAUAUGCAGGACUCUUAUUGGUCUGACAUGAUAUACUAUAACAGCUCCACAAAUGAUCUUAAAAGGAAAGGAGAUACUCACAUGCGGAGCCAAAGGAAAAGGAGGAAAUCUGGAGGGGAAACAUCAAUCUCUUUGUCAUUAGACCGUAUGUUGGGUACUGCUCAAAAUUUGCAGGUUGGAACCAUCAGUCCUAAAAUGAAACAAGCUUCGACAACAGAAAGAUCAGUAAUCAGUUUGGAAGAAAAAAUUGUUGAUGAGUGCACACCAACUGCAUUGAUUUUGAGCUUUAACGGAUCAAGUUCUCUACCUUCUGAAAUGGAUCUCAUUAGGAUUUUCAGUCGCUAUGGGCCCCUGAAGGAAGCAGAAACAGAAGUUCAAAGGAAGACAAAUCAUGUCAAAGUAGUCUUCAAGAAACGUGCUGAUGCUGAAAUAGCUUUCCGUAGUGCAGGAAAAUAUAGCAUUUUUGGGCCAGCACUUCUUAGCUAUCGUCUUAGAUACUUGCCAUCAACACUUAGUGCUUGUCCAAACACCACAACACAGGGCCCCGAUGAUGCAGGAUCCAUUGAAGGUGGAAAAUUAGUGGUUCCAGGUGAUGGUUCUCCAAAUACCAUAUCAGGCAAACAUGAUGCAGUACCCACUGAAGGUGGCAACUCAGAGGUUCCAGGUGAUGUUUCCCCAAAUACCACACCACAAGGUGAAAAUGAUGCAGUAUCCAUUGAAGGGGGCAAUUCAGAGGUUCCAGGUGGCAACUCAGAGGUUCCAGGUGAUGUUUCUCCAACUGCCACACCACAAUACAAAGGUGAUGCAGUACCCACUGAAAGUGGCAAAUUAGAGUUUCCAAGCAAUUCUACUCCAAAUAUCACACCACAUAACAAAAAUGAUGCAGUACCUGCUGAAACUGGCAACUUAGAGGUUCCAGGUAGUACUUCUGCAGAUUCCACACAAGAUAAAAAUGUAGUACCUGCUAAAGGGCAUGACUUAGAGGUUCCAGAUGAUAUUUAUCCAAAUACCACACGAGAAAAAAAUAAUUCAGCACCAAUUGAAGAUGGCAGCUUAGAGGUUCCAGGCAAUACUUCUCCAAAUAGUACCACACAAGAUAAAAAUGAUGCAGCACCAAUUGAAAAUGGCAGCUUAGAUGUUCCAUGUGAUACUUCUCCAAGUACUACCACACCAGACAAAAAUGAUCCAGGCAACAGUUAUGCUAAUAUUGCCACACAAGACAAAAAUGAUGCAGUAUCCAUUGAAGGUGGCAACUUAGAGGUCCCAGAUAAAGCAGAAAUUGGAGCUGUGUCAGAUACUAUACAAGAUGGAGUUGUGGACAAAGGAUCAGUUGAAGGGGUUGUUUAGGUGGAUAAUCGAUCUGGUUAGAUUAUCUUCAAGGAGUGGAUGAAAAAUGUAAGUCUGAGCACUUCCCAGCCCACCUUGGCAUCAAGUAGUUUCAUCGGAUUAUAAACUCUGGUAGUCUUCAUUGUAAGUCUAUCACUCUCAGAUUAUUGCAUGGACCAGAUCCAAGUGGACCUGGGCAAAUGUCGGAGCAUAUGCACGGUGGAUAACGCCCAAUUGGGAAUGGGUGAUAUACAAGGGGUAACAUGGCGUGUUAUCCACCUCUUUGGCGUGGUCCAUUAGACCUGGUCCGAGAAAUAAUUAAACCGAUUACUCUGUUCCAAAAUCGGUUACUUAUAUGAUGAUGAAAACCCAAUCCGAGCUGGAUUUAUCAGUCUUCUGGCACAUGGAAGGUGUGAUGCUUCAAAAUCCCCAUUUUCUUGGUGGUUGUGCUACGUGUGACGACGGAGUAGGUUGUAUCAUUCUGGAGGAUGCACUGAUAACAUGUGGUAACAGACUCACUAAGCUCCUGAAUGCAAGGCCUCUUCUUAUUAUUCGGACAUGUAUCAAAUAUCAGACUCCAUGCUACGGCAUACUUGAACUGAGUAGCGUGCAGGCUUGCUCAUGAGGUCGUUUAAAUGAACCAAGCUUGAGCUUACACUUCAUUUUUGCAACUCGGACGUCUCUUGGAGCUUGGUACAGUUAGUAGCCGAGCCUUAGUAUGCUGCUUGAGCUCAGCUUAUUUUUCAAUCAAACAAGCUUGAACUUGGCUCUUAGCUGAACCUGAGCUACUCAUGGAUGGCUUGGUUUUUAUGGUUAUUUGAAGGAAAAUUUUCAACUUUUUAGCUAUCUACUUUAAAAAACGGACGUCUUUGUUCUACCAGCUUGAAUCCUAUUGUUUUCAAGUUCAACAAAACGUGGGUGAGAGCGUGUGGAUGUACUCAAAAAAUAUAUAUAUAUAUCUAGCUUGGUAAGUUGCCUUGCAUGGGUGAUAGAUAAUUAGCUAUAUAUAUCGAGCUUGAGAAAUGUAGCAUCCGAACCUAUUAAUUUUAAAAACUAAUAUAUAUUGUAAUAUCAUUUUGUUUAAUCGUUUUAAAAAUAAAAAAUAUAUUAUACCCAUCAGACAUCGAUAUUGCCUUGCAUGGUAAGCUCGUGCUCAUGAUUUGUGGGUUUGACUAGCAUUGCCAAGAGCACCAAGGUCGGCGGGGGAGGGGCCGGGGCCCCUGCAAAACCGGGACGGACCGAACCUGAACGGACGGUCCAGAUAACCAAACCUCUCUCUCCUCUUUUCAUCCCAGUCGUCUCCUCCUUCCACCCUUCUCCAGCGUCCGAUCCCUCUUUCUCCUCUCCCCAUCCCUCCCCCAGAUCCCACCCCUUCUCUCUCUCUCUUCCCCCGCUGCGCGCGCGCCAGAUACAAAUCUCCCUCAACCAAUCCGAACGCUCUAAUCUCA